GGUGGAGAGCAGGAAGGGGCUGGCUGGGCAGGAUCCCUGAGCACCUGCCAAGAGCUCAGUUAACCAUUUAACCAGGGCGAUGGGGAAGGACAACCGCAGCGUUUCUUGACCCUGUUUCCUGAGAAGCGAACAAGAUGGACGGUUCCAGCAAAGAGGAGGAAGAGGAGGAGGAGGAGAGCACAUUCACCACCAUUUCCCUAGCAGAUGAUACAGACCAUUCAUCAGGAUUUUUCUGUCCGAGGCGCAGUUCAGUGCCCAGGAUGAUGAACGCUGACAUGGAUGUUGAUGCUGAAAAUCAGGUGGAGCUGGAGGAAAAAACACGACUUAUUAAUCAAGUGUUGGAACUCCAACACACACUUGAAGAUCUCUCAGCAAGAGUAGAUGCAGUUAAGGAAGAAAACCUGAAGCUAAAAUCAGAAAACCAAGUUCUUGGACAAUAUAUAGAAAAUCUCAUGUCUGCUUCUAGUGUUUUCCAAACAACUGACACGAAAAGCAAAAGAAAGUAAGGGAUUGAGUUCCCUUCUCAUUGACGGAAUUGCUGCUUCUCCCUCCCUCCCUCUCUUUCCCUCUCUCUCCCCCUUUCCUUCUCUCCAUCCCUUCCCCCUCCCUCACUCUCUCCCCCCUUUAAAACUUGGGUAGAUUCCAAAAGUUACAGUACCUUUGUUUGUGGCUUCAUUGAAUAUUUAUGAAAGUGUCAAAUCUAGGCAAAAUUAACUACUUAACAGGAGACUUCCAUGAGUCUGUGUAUUAUGUUAGUCUAAGAAAAUGUGCAGAUGUAUUGUAGAGACUUUAUAAUUAGAAUUGCAUAUAUUUAUGAAACUUGAAGAUGAAUGUUUUAUUGAAUUUGCUUUGAUAUAUAGGCUUAGCAAUGUCUUUUACUACACGCUUACUUAGUAAGAUAUACAAGAAAAUAACCAUGUUGUGAAAAUGUGACCAAAAUCAUGUACUGAAUGCACAGCUUUACGUAUGUACCUGUCCGCCAUUGUGUGCCUCUCCUCCAUCUGCCUCAUUCUCCCCAUUUCCCUUCUCCUAAGUCAAGAUAGUUUCACAUUUGUAAAAGUACUUUGAGUAGUAAUCACCUGACAGUAACCUGAUCUGUAAGUCCUGAAGUUAACCAAAACCUUGCCUAAAGUUUGUCAGUUGUACUUUCUAGUAAUAAGAUAGGACUGAUGAUGGUUUCUCUUUAACCAUUGAAAACAGAUUUGGGCUAUAAAGAGGAUUUUAAUUAGAAACUAAAUUAUCAAAUUGAGAUUUGUUUAAAAACAAAAAACCAACUUGCUUUUGCACCAAUAACCCACUUUCUAUCUGAAAAGAUAAGAAUUUUGGUUAUGUAUCGAUUAGAAGUAGAAAAUCUGGGAGGAAUAAAUAGAAAUAGGUAAAAAAUAAUGUGAUAAAAGUAGCAACCUACUCCAAAUGUUUUCACUCCAGAUUUGUAUUGUCUCUGGCACAGAUCUUCCAGGGAAUAUAUAUAUAAAUAUAUGAAAAUGGGUUAAGUUUGACUGAUCUUACAUAUGCCACAUGCUAUGCUAUUCCAGCUCUAGGACUUGGUUGCAAGGUUUAUUUGUUGUACCUAGUCAAUUAACUGUUACCAAAUUCCUUGAAGAGUGUACUAGUAUUAGAAUCAUGAAUGAGAGAAUUUUAUAUGUGGAAUAAUUGGUAAGCUCAGUAUUUUUAUCUUACUCUGUAAAUUCAACUAAUUGGUUUGUAGAAUUUUACUCAUUCUUUUAACAAUUUCUAAAAAUUUAGUUCAUAGAUUCCAUUUGGUAAAGGAAUCACUAUCAGAGGUAAUAUUAAGAUAUUAUACUAGGAAAAGAGAUCCACUAAUAUAGCUUAUGGUUAUUAGAUUUGAACUACUUUAAUCAUGGGAUAAUCUUAUGUGUUAGUAUAAGAUUUGAUGAAUGACUUUAACUAUAUGAAGAUGUAAUAGUCAUACUGCAAACAUUUUGCAUCCCUUUUGUGACCUAAUUUUACAAAUAUUUAAAAUUGUGUUGCAUUUCUGCUUUGCUGUUUAAUAAAAAGAUGUUUCA